UCCCCUUCCUCCUGCAAUCAAUGUCCACACCGAACGUCGCUCCCACUGCGCAAGUAGCACCUCAAAAGGAGUUCCAGGACUGCUUGCAAUGCCGGGUAGUCGGCACGGCGACCUUCGCUGGGUUGGGUGUCUACUCUUUCAUGCAAGCGCGGAGAGCUACUCCUGGAUCGCUGUGGGAGAAGAGGAUAGCGGUUGCGUUGGGAGCAGUAUUUUGCGCCGGCGCAGUCGUGAGAUGGAAUAACUGGGGAAUCCCAGGGACAAGAAGUACAGAGCCUUCUCCUUCAUCACCAUCUCCCACUCCAUGACUAUUCACAAUGGCAUAGCAUUUAGAAGUACAUUGACAUGAACACUUGAUUCGUUCAGUUGUGCGUGAAGUUAGGCUUUCUCUUCUCCGCGAACGCAGCCAUGCCCUCCUUCUGGUCGUUCGUCGCGAACAGACCCUGGAACGUUCGGCGCUCAAACCGCAAGCCCUCUGCCAA